AAAGAAAACAUCUCGCACCACAAGUCGAUUGUGUUGAAAAAAUGUGAUAGAUACUGCGAGGCCCAAUGUUGAUUGCUGUUUUUGGAUUUAUUGACACUGGGAAUUAGAUUAAAUUUACGUGAAAGGGUAAAAAGUAAUUCAGAACUGCGGUUUUGUUGAUUGGCAAUGUCAUCCUUCUGUAUAUAAAAUGAUUCAGAGAGAAGCUACGUAACGCCGAACAUAAACAUCACACAUACUGUACCGUACCCGAAGAUGGAUGGAGAAGUAAAUACAGGAGAUUCCGUCUACGCAAUCCCAGAAACCGUGUGGAAGAAAAACAGGGAACUAAAAGAACUAGAACCUAACCUGCAUAGGAAUGGGAUAAACCAAUCAGAUAAGAAUGGAGAGGCGGAAACUGAUGAAAAUGAUGAAGCACUAUAUCUUGUCAUUGAGGAUGGAACCAAUUCUCUGCCAAUCAAGGAACACCGAGCAGCAUCACCACCAGCAUAUCAGCAGCUGCAGCGGCCUACCUCUCUCACAACAGCACCCCAAGACCACAACCUCAUAGACUUAGAUGGUGACUACAUCGACCCAAACGAUUAUUUUAAACAAGAUAUUAUGGCAGCAAGAAGAGAAGAAAGCGGUGCCGGUAACUGCAAUAAGAACAAUAACACAGCUGCAAACAUAGACCAAAUGUGCAAUAUGCAUGUACCGCAGACUCACGUGGAUGAAUCGCAAACAUCCUUGAUCAAUCAGAUGGAUGCUGGAAUGGAACCGGAGACAGGUUUUCACAAUCGUCCGCAUAGCGUCACAUCAUUGAUACGCCAUAUGGAAAAGCAACAAUUAUUUCACAGUGAAAAUGACACAGGAAGAAGUAGGAGCCCGGUGUUAAACCAAGGCUUGCAAAGAACUGGUACCGCGCAAUUCCCAAAGUCAAAAAGCUCUCCGGAAUCAUCAAUAAAGUGGUGUGAAAAUGAGCAUUAUGUUGGGGGUUACGGUUACGGUUAUAUACCAUCAAACUCUUCCAUAUUGGCCGACAGGUUUGAUGCUUUGAAGGGUGAUGAUGAUGAUGGCGACAUGUACGAUGACGUCGAUGAGGGCGCCCACGGUAUUUUCAUCGAUGAUGACUGGUUGUACGAGUCUCUUAUGUUGCAAGACGAAGAUGAGGUACCGAUGGUUGAUGAGUCGGACUCAUCCUGGAGCUCAGAGGAAUGGGACCAUUUCUCAGAUGAUAGUGAUGAUAAUGACAUGGUUCAUAGUCAUGUCGAACAACCAGACCCUGCAUCAACAAAGGAAUCUAAUGGAUCUCAAGUCCACCGACGAACGUCCAUGCGCGCAGUUUACGGAGUGGAUAAAGGACGAGAAACAAGGGAAGAAACAAAGCAGUCACCCUUGGUGGAAUGGGUGAAAAGUAAACGAAGUUUAGACAAAGUACGAAGUCUGUUUUUCGGUGGUCGCAGCACAUAUGCAUCAAAAGCGCAAACCAAAGAAGAAGAUUUGGAAGAAGACCCCGAGGAAAUACACAUCUACGAUGUGAAGCUCUGUCAGGCUAAGCAUCCUCCUCCGACGCUUCCCCCGCAGCCUGAGGGUCUCACCCAGGGACAAGUAGUCCGUCGUCACAUCCUACAAUCGAUCAUGGACAGCGAGAAGUCGUACAUGAUGUCAUUACAACGUUUAAUUCAGUCUUACGAAAAACCUCUCCUAGAGAGAGAACCACCGUUGUUGGAGAAGGAAAAAAUCAAGACAAUUUUCUACCGAAUACGAGGCAUCUACCAGUGUCACUUAAUGUUCCAGAUUGCCCUCUCAAGUCGUGUCAAACAUUGGGAUGAAAUUGGUGAAAUUGGAGACGUUUUUGUAGCAUCUUUCUCUAAGGCAAUGGUGUUGGAUGUAUAUAGUGCGUAUGUCAAUAAUUUCACAAACGCAAUGGACACGGCAAAGAAGGCAGCCGCACUCAAACCAGCUUUUAAUGAAUUUAUCUUGGAACAACAGAAGAGUAGCAAGGAUAGACUGAGUCUGUAUGGUCUCAUGUUAAAACCCAUCCAACGAUUCCCUCAGUUUAUACUUCUGUUACAGGACAUGCUAAAAAAUACACCUGUAGGACACACAGAUCGUAUGCCAUUACAACUUGCCUUAACUAAACUGGAAACAUUAGCUGGUGUUCUAAAUGAGAGGAAACGACAAUGUGAGCAACGACAUGAGGUCAAACAACUUAUCAAAAAUUUGAAUGUCAAGUUCAAAACAAAGUCUAGCAAUGACAAACAGAGAUGGUUGGUACGGCAGGAUGACAUGUUGCAGACAAGUGAAACAUAUAACAGCCAAGGAAGUGUAUUAAAAUGCCGCGAACGAAGGCUAUUCAUGUUUAAUGACCUUUUAGUGUGUACGACUGUGCUUAACAAGUCGACUACCGGUAUGCCAAACCAAGAUAUUCCAAAGUACAAACACAAAUGGAGCGUGCCGUUACAAGAUGUAGAAAUAGUGGAACCAACGAUGGAAGGCGGAGACAUUGAGUUAAACACGGAGCCAGGGCGUAUGACAGUAACCACCUCACAGAUGGAUGAGCAUGAGUAUCUGAUUGGUGGAAGUACAAGGCAACUUUACCAAGAAAGGAAUAAUAUAAUGCAUGACCUUGCUGUAGUGAACCAGAUCACAGCCCUUAUUGGAACACUAAAGGGUUCCUAUGGUAUUUUUAACACAAGUGAUAUCACAGAUCUCACUGGCGUAAUCCAGAAGAUGAUAGAAAAGAAGGGCAAGGAAAUCAAGCAGGCGGACAUCAACAAGAUCCAAUUGUCUCUACCAGCUGUUGAAAUACUAGAGGAUUUGGAUUGCGAGAGUGCAGCCAAGUAUCAGCGAGGCAACAAACGAGUGACAAUAGUGUUUGAUGCUAUCAGUGCUAAAAUCAAAUUUGAUUGGGUGACAGCGCUGGAGAAUGCAAAACUUGGUUUAAAGCGUGACAACAACCCUGGAUGGCACAUCUCAGAAGAUGAUGAAAUCCACGCUGAAAUGGGAUUUGGAAUCCCACUGCUGUCUAACCAUCUUCCCGUCUUCACCACCGCUACACACCAAACAAUCAAGGUUCUAUGCAGUGUCUUAUGUCCUGUUGAGUCAAGUCGUCUGCGACGUACAAAGGCGAUGGAAAGCAACGCGGCAAAGCACUGCCUGUGGAUCUGUAGUACUAACGGACAAAAGUUGUUUAUGAGUUUAAUCGGCUUCCAGCCUCCAUCACCUCAAGUCAUUGAGACAUUUGAACUUAUGGACAUUGAAAAUGUGUCGUGUAUGGAGAACGUGCCGGGAUACCGGCAGGAUCGGUUGUCAAACAAGCUGGAUUACCAGUCAUUCCGGUUCUCUUGGAUGACUGUGUGGGUUGGUGAUGACAAGGGAAGAAUCUUUAUCUUUAAUACUGUUGGUGUCGAUAAAAGCAAAAGCAUUUCGUCCUUGAAAGUGCCAAGUCCUGUUACCUCUCUCAUGUACUUGCAUAACCAGGUGUUCGUUGCCCAGGACAAUGGCUGUGUUCUGGUCUACUCAAGAAAUCCAGGUGAUGGGGCAUGGAAAGUUAAGGAACCAAAGAUCAUUGAGCUUGGUCAUCAUCCGGUGACAUCACUCCUAUCCGUCGGGAAGACAUUGUGGUGCGGGUGUGGCAAUCGUGUCCACCUGAUUGACGUGGCUAAUGAAUUCAAACAGCAUGUAAAAAAUGGACUGGUUAAAACACAGAGUUCUUUUGAGGUUCAUCAAGAUGAGAGCACAGGGGUUCAGAGCAUGGUGAUGGCUGGUGUCGGGGUCUGGAUAGCACUCAAAGAGCUGGACACCAUCCGUCUUUUCCACAUGGAAACCCUCCAGCUUCUCCAGGACAUCAGUGUCUCCAGUCCGGUCAGACGGAUGCUGCAGACUGCUGGAGAGUAUCAAGCGCAUUUCCCAUCCGGCCAACCAAUCACAGUGACGCAUAUGCUGGCUUGCUACGGCUCUCUCUGGGUUGGUACAAACAUCGGCGUAAUCGCAAAUUUCCCGUUACCUCGGUUGGAAGGUGUUCCACUAGUUACUGGCCCAGCUAUGGUGUCAUUCCACAUGCAAAACGGACCAAUCAGAUUUCUUCAUGGGAUGGAGAUUAAUCAACAGAGCGAUGAUAUUCAUUUCACGUCAAAGGAUGAUGUUGAAGAACCGUCGAAUAGAAGAACACCGGCGAGUACACCGCAUGGCGAAAAAUGCAAUCAGAAAUAUGCAGACCUUGUAAACAAUGCCAUGUCACCGAUGCAAGAUUACCUUUCACUCACGUUUGCUGAUGCUGAUAUGAUGUCUUCGCCACCAACUGACCGUAAGAGCGAUUCAGCGAUUGCUGAUUCAUCAGACAUUAGUUUAAGCUCAAAGGAUAACCUUGAAACGAACGAGGAACAAGUCUCAGCGCGUGUUACUAGUACAACGACACUUGUGUUGACCGGCGGAGAUGGUCAUACGUACCUGCAACCAAAUUCUUCCCAGAGCAGUGGAGAAGCUGGCCUUCUUAUAUGGCAGGUGUCCAUGUAAACAUGGAGAACACCUGUAUAACAUGGAGAACACCUGUAUAACAUGGAGAACACCUGGAUAAUCAUACCUUGUUUGUCUUCCUUUAAUUUCUUCAUAAAUUUGGAGUCAUCCCGGUUGUUUAUCAUUCCUAGACUGAUAAACAUGGGGAUGGAUUUCUAUGCAGUGUUUUGUGAUAUUAUUUUUUAUUCAUAAUUGCUUCACCACUGUACUUAACAUGUACUUUUACUUCAAUUUGCAAUAGAAUUUUUUUUUCUUUAUUUUUUGCAAAUAUGUGUUAUAAUAUUUUAGUCAUUUAGACAGAUGGUAGUCUUUUCAUAGAGCUAUUAAAACCCUGAAAAUUAAAAAAUCAAAAAUGAAAUAUUAGGGUUUUUUUACUUACCAUAUUUAUUAUUUUAAUGAUACAAAAUGUUUAAGAAAGUAUUUCUAUACUAUGGAAUGUCGAACGAGUUAUCAUUUGAAUGAUGACAAACAUCUUAGAAGUUGAUAUUGUAGUCAGAUGACAACAAAUACCUAGGUAGUCCGCUGUGGAAGUUAUUGUUAUGACAGUUAAGCC